AUGGUUUUCGUCAAAGUCCAAAGAAACGCUAGAAUUUUGCCUAUUAUCAUAACCAGGCCAGUGAGGAAACCUAGCAGGGCAGCCAUCGUAAUCAUUAUGAGUGAUUAUUAUAAUCUUUCAAGCAGAUCCUUAAGCUUCCUUCUUCUUUUCCAGACCGUCAGUCAAGAGGACGGUGACUCACGCAAUCCAAUAACCUACGAUCUUCUGCAAGAAAACCAGUCGAAGACUUCGAAGACACGGCAAUAUGUGGCGGCUAUGAUAAUUUGUUUGGGUGCGGUUGCCGCUGGAACUGCGUUAUCCUGGACGUCUCCUGUUUUUCCGCAGAUGUCUGCCGGAAACCAAAGUUGCUUAAAUUCCACUUCUGGUGAUACUUCCAACUCGACUUCCAACGAGAAUGACAUUCUACUGACCGAUUCGCAAAAAACAUUGGUGGGAUCCAUGUUGCCCUUUGGCGCCCUUUUCGGAGCCCUCCCCUCCGGAUAUAUUGCCGAUAGGAUCGGGCGACGGUCUACAGCCAUGGUCAUGGACAUUCCCUUCAUCUUGGCCUGGAUCACGCUCAGUUUCGCAAAUUCCGUCGGCUGGCUUUACUUGGGCAGAUUUUUAAUCGGUAUCGCAACGGGCAGCUUCUGCGUGGUGGCUCCCAUGUACAUUUCGGAAAUCGCGGAGACCAGCAUUCGCGGCAGUCUGGGCACGCUGUUCCAGUUGCUCCUUACGAUCGGUAUCCUGUUCAUCUACGUGGUGGGAGCUUUUGUCACAUGGAAAACCCUGAGCAUGCUCUGUCUAAUCAUACCCAUCCUGCUGCUCGUCGGCCUGUUUAUCGUGCCCGAAACGCCAGUGUAUCUACUUAAAAGGGGUAGGCGCUCCGAGGCCAAUCGUGCACUAAAAUGGCUGUGGGGAGAUUACUGCAACACCAGCAACGCCAUCCAGGCCAUCCAAAACGACCUGGACCAGACUGGAGCGGAUGCAUCCGUGAAGGAUUUGUUCAGCAACCGCGCCUCGCGGAACGGUAUGGUGAUCUCCGUGCUGCUGAUGGUCUUCCAGCAGUUCUCCGGCAUUAAUGCCGUGAUCUUCUUCAUGAACGAGAUCUUCAAGUCCAGCAGCACGAUAGAUCCCAAAGCCUGCACCAUAGUGGUGGGUGCUGUGCAGGUGCUCAUGACCCUGGCCUCCUCCAUGCUCAUCGAGAAGGCCGGCCGCAAGAUCCUGCUGAUCUUCAGCAGCACAAUCAUGACGGUCUGCCUGGCCAUGCUGGGUGCCUACAACACCAUCCAACGGCACACUGAUGUGUCCCAGUCCAUUGGCUGGUUGCCCCUGCUCUGCAUAGUGCUGUUCAUCGUGAGCUUCUCCGUGGGCUACGGCCCCAUUCCCUGGAUGAUGAUGGGCGAGCUGUUCAUGCCGGACGUUAAGGGCAUCGCCGUCUCCCUGAGCGUCAUGAUGAACUGGGUGUGCGUGUGCCUGGUCACAUGGCUCUUCGGCGUGCUCAAUGCCGGCGGUGCCGAUGUGCCCUUCUGGUUCUUCAGUGCCUGGAUGGGAGUGGCCACUGCCUACGUGGCCAUCGCCUUGCAGGAGACCAAGGGCAAGAGUGCCAGCCAAAUCCAGAGCUGGUUGAGCGGACGCUGAGGAUCACAGGAGGACUCCAUGCCAUAGUUUAUUCUAGUUGAAUGCCAUUGAACUCGUAGUUGAAUAAGCAGCCCUUGCAAAGAUACUUUUGAAUACUUUCUAUAUUUCACUUAUAUUUUCAACGACUUACAAGAAAUUGAACUUCAGCCAAGAUAUGUAAUCUUUUCCUAAUUUUAUUACAAUUUGUUUCGGACUCAAGGCCAACCUAACUUAUUGUUGUUCCACAAUGUUCAGAUCCGUAGUAUAGUUCAACUAGUUCCUAAGUACUCAUGGUCACGCCCAAAUAUCUAUAUAAGAUUCGCUGGACUUCCACUUCCACCCACUUACAUAUGUACGUGCUCUCCUUUUGUAUAAACCACCUGCUCUGUGUACACACACGUACUUUGGGAUUGCAAAGACAAAUACCUAUAUUUAUACUUCUGUGUGCUAAUUUUAACAAAUGUACAUACAUACAUAUAUAUUUGAUAAUAAAAGUAAACUGUACAGGAA